AUGAGUUUGAAUAUAACUGAUGAUUACCUGGAUAAUGCAAUUCCGAACACUAAGAAUACUAUCAAGGACAAUAAUGAGAAUAAUCUAACUAUCUCAACUUCAAGAUCUACACUGCCAACAACUUCAAUUAAUUUAGAGAAGACCUUAUUUCAACAACAGUUGCUACGACAAGAAAAUAAUUCUUCAGGGAUUCGUGACAUAGAUACGAUUAAUGGUUCUAUUGUUACAAGUGCAAGUAAUGCAACUCGAACUCGUUUUUUGGACAAUUUAGGGAUUAAGAAACCAUCCUUUGCAAAUUUACAUGAUGAUAUAAGUUCAACAUAUACAGUUAAUAGUAAUUUUAAGAGAUCGUUUGUAAGCAGUGAAAUACCUUCGGUUUUUGUUAAUUAUCAAUCUUAUGAAGAAAGGACUGAAUCAAAAUUGAAUAAAAUACAGAAAAAUUUCUUCAUGUUAACUGCUGCUGGUAAGUUGAUUUAUUCAUAUCUGGGGAAGGAAAGGGAGUUGAUCUCAUUGAUGGGGAUUUUAAAUACGAUCGUUGAUUUUUUCAAGAUAAAUAAUAAUAAAGAUAUUCAAACAAUCAAAUACGAUUCUGGCUCAUUGGUUUUUUUGAACAAAUCACCAAUUAUACUUGUUGGUUACACGAAAAAAGGGGAGUCUACAUCAGAAAUUAGUGAUCAACUGGAUUUCCUAUAUUCUUAUUUGAUUUCCUCACUUACUGAGAAACAGAUUGUUAAAUUAUUUGAUAAACGUGAAAAUUUUGACUUGAGGAACUACCUUGAGGCAUCUGAUUUCACCAACUUGAACGAGCUAUGUUCACUGUUGACCGAUAAAUUAUAUCCUGAUGUGCAUUUGGGAGCUUUAGAGAGUUUACCUUUCAAGGAUUCUAACAUUAGAAACAAGAUACAUGAUCUAAUGUCAAAACAUUUAUUAAAGGAAUCAGAUUUAUCCAGAGGCAUAUUAUUAUAUGGGUUACUAGUUUAUCCAAAUAAUAAGCUCAUUUCUGUACUAAGACCAAAAUCACAUACUUUACAUACAACUGAUCUGCAGUUACUAUUUUAUUCAAUAUUCCAUAGAUUCAAAACGAAAGGAGAUAAUAAUCGAUUGGACAUAGAUGACAAUAGCAACAAAGAAUUAUGGAUUCCUAUGUGUUUUCCUAAGUUUAACUCCAAAGGUUUUCUUUACUGUUAUAUAAAUUUUAUUACAAACGAAGACUCGACGAAGAGUAAGAGUAAUUUUAGUUGUCAGAAUUCUUUAUUCGAUGACCGUGUUCCAGCUUUAGUAUUAAUAUCUCCACAAAAAGAUGCGUUUUUUGAUAUGAAGAAACUAGCUACUAAUUUAAUUAAUGACAUGGUGAGUAAAAAUCUAUUGAGUCAAAUAAAAUAUUCUAAUGGAUUUUCAGUGACAGACAUACCCGCACCAUUAGUUCAUCAUUUCAUUUACAAAUCCAACUCUGAGGUACAAUAUAUUCAACCGACUUCGAAUUAUAACAACUAUUUAAAAAAUUUAGUUAAUCCAACUAAAAGUUUGGAGCAGUACCAUGCAAAGCUAAGAAUAUUUUAUCAACAACUCUAUUCUAGCAUUGCCAGGGAUGCAACUGGCACACCGAUGAAUAAAUCGACAUUAAAUUUUAUAAGCUGGGAACAAAAAGAAGAUCAAGACAUGUUUGGCUCAGACAUUCAUUCAAAUGGAAACUCGUUUUCAGACUAUAGAUUAGUUAAAGAAGAGCAAAUUAAUGUAAUGGGCAUGAUUUGGGUAACACCUAAGUUUGAGCUUUACUUGCUAUGCAAUAAUGGGGUCAAUAACAAAGAAGUAAUAUUUAAAAGUGCAAAAAAUAUUGCUAAAUGGUGUAACAAUAAUAAACUCAAACUCUUUGUAACGGAUGGUGUUAUAUUUUAA